CCGGCGGACCGAGGACAGGGCUGCGCCCCCGGAGCUGCAGCGGGGCCGGAGAGGUGACGUUUCCAGUGUUCUUGAAAAAAGUCAUAUGAUUUAAGCGUGAGAAAGGACAUGAGGAUUCCAGCAAGUUGGAGUUCUGCCCGUCAGAAUGAAACAAAUGUUGAAAGACUUUUCAAAUCUAUUGUUAGUGAUGCUCUGUGACUAUGUUCUCGGCGAAGUGGAGCAUCUCCUCCUCGGGCAAGCGGGACAUGUAGCUUUAAGCAACGACACGGUGUCGGUAACUUUCCGGCUGUCUGAUGGUGGCAACGGAACUGUGAGGAAUGUGUCGGUCCUGCUGCUAGAGGCCAGCACCAACCGGACGCUCGGUACCAAACGCCUCCCGAUGAACCAAUCCCGGGGCACUGUAGAGUUUGAGUGUUUCCAUUUUAGACACGCCGGAGACUAUCGGUUCGCCAUGGCCUCCGACAUCGUGGAUAAUGACACCAGUGUGCCCCGGAGGGAGAGUAGUGCCCACCUGAGGGCAGAGUGGCCCGUCUUUCACAUCGACUUGAACAGGACAUCGGGGGCAGGGGAGAAUGCCCUAGAGGUGGGGGUUUUUACCCAUCAGCCUCUGUGCCCGUUCGCUGUGGGCAGACCUGACAUUUCCCUGGACGUUGCCUUUUCCAGUAGCCCCCCUGAACCAAGAAACAACCCAGACCUCCAGCCAUUUGGAACAAGAGCCAGCAGACGGAUUGUCCUGUCUCCGGCGCAGUGGGUGGAGUUUGACUGUGCUUCAGGGGAUCGGGGCGUCUACGUGACCGUGGCACUGAGACUGCAAGACCCCGACUCGGUCAUUACGUCGUCGGGGCCCAUAGACCUCGUGAGCAGAUUUGGAUACAAACUGGUGGUGGUGCCAGAACUGACAUGUGAGUCGGCGGUGGAGGUGGUGGUUGUGCGGCCGCCGUGUACUCAGGCCCCGGGGAAGAUUGCCGUGUACAAGGAGGCUCCCAGGCGGACUGGGGAGAAAGCCGCCUGGCUAGCGGAAGCCCACCUGCAGCCGCGGGACCGCAGAACCAUGUUUAACUGCACGUUGUUCGACGUGGGGAAAAACACGUACUGUUUUGAGUUGGACUUGGCCAACAAAAGCCCGAUUUCUUCCAGGGAGAAGGAAUGCAUGGUGAUCCAGAGAAACAUAGAAACCUGGAGCCUGUGGCAGUCCUGGACCCCUUGUAGUGUGACGUGUGGCGAAGGAAUCCGUGAGCGGCACAGGAUAUGCCUCACUUCCACCCCGGCUAAGCCAGGCUGCGUUGGAAUCACAAUGGAAGCGUCCCUGUGUUCCCUAGAAGAGUGCUCUACUGUGAAACCUUCUGGCUCGCCACCCCUCCAGCCUGGAGGCCCCCAGAAGGCUAAUAACAUGGUGACGGUCACCGGCAUCUCCCUUUGCCUGUUCAUCAUCGUCGUCACUGUCCUUGUUACCCUGUGGAGGAAGUUUGGGCGGACUUCCAAGUGCAGCCCCCCCUCCCGCCACAACUCCAUCCACUCUCCCGGCUUCCGGAAGAACUCAGACGAAGAGGACAUCUGUCCGCCGGGAGAGCGGCGGGAGAGUUUCUCCGACGGGGGCGAGGGGCCCCCGGGGAAUCCCGGAGAGCUCGGCAUCCCCCUGACCUACCGGAGGAGCCUCCAGUUGGCCUCCGAGGAGGAUGCCUCUGGCAGCGAGAGCUUCCAGUCCAAUGCCCAGAAGAUCAUCCCCCCGCUGUUCAGCUACCGCCUCGCCCAGCAGCAGCUGAAGGAGAUGAAGAAGCAGGGCCUGUCGGAGACCACCAAGGUGUACCAUGUGUCCCAGAGCCCCCUGACGGACACCGCCGUCGGGGCCACGGCAGAGGCCCCCUUGGAUCCGGACGGCCCGGAGGAAGCCGCAGCGGCCACCAAGUUCAGGAUCCGGCCGCCGUUUCCAGACCGGCCGACGGGGCCCUCGGGAGAGAGGCCGGUCUCCAGGCUGGAUCUGGCCCUGCCUCAGGUCCGGCCCCCGGUGACCCCUGGCAGCCAGACCCUCCUCCGCUGGCCCCAAGCAAAAGCGGCCAGCGGCCGCUGGGGCCGGUCGGAAAAGGGCUACCCACGCAACUCCCACUUCCGAAGGGCGGCCAGCUUCCACGAGGGCAGACAGGCCCGGCCUUUCCGGGAGAGGAGCCUGUCCACGCUGACGCCUCGCCAGGCUCCCGCCUACGGCUGCGGGCCCCAGGUCGAAGGCCGGUUCCGGCCCCGGUCUCGAGGGCCCCGGCAGGGCCCGGGGAAGCCCGAAGGCGGCCAGGGGGGAGAGCCAGGUGGUGAGCCCCUCAGCGCUUCCUCCAAAUCGCGCCCCGCAGGACUUCCGGCGAGAAAACCCAACCUGAUGGGCGAGCGCCCGACCGGGCUGGCGGCCGAGAUAGAGUGGGCCGACCCCCCCAGAACUAGAAGGGGCCCUUCGCCGAAUGCUAGGAGUGCCUUGAGGAAAGAGCCCCUCCUCACCGUCACCGCCCCCAAGGGGACCUCUCAGCGACCUAGCCCCCUGAGCCCCUCCGAGGCCAGGAGAGACAAGCCCCAGGGCUUCACCUCGCACCCAGGCUACGCAUUCUACGACAACACUUCCUUCGGUCUCUCUGAGUUGCAGCCGAAGAUGCUCGACCUGCCUGGUUAUUUUGGGUCCAACGAAGAAGACGACGAAACCACCAGCACCCUAAGCAUGGAGAAGCUGGUGUUUUGAGCGAUGCCGGGAGAGCCUCCGGAACUCUUUGAACUCCCUUCCGGCCCUCAGCCCUGACUGUUAGGCGAAAGGUUUCCUUAUCAGGCGUCCUGCUGGACCCUGCCUGAGAAAGACGAAGAAACUCACAGGAC